ACUGCCUGGACAGGAGAACUUCAAAAGAGAAAUAUGAAACUUCGUCAUUUUCCAGUGAACCGGGGGCGUUCCCUGUUCAUCAGGAAGUUGCCUGAAGCAGAAACUGAGAAUUGGCCUGAUCAAUUCAAACAAUGUUGCAGAGAUGCCUAAAAACAUUAUACCCAACCGUUCUCAUCUGCUCGUUGCUCUCUGAAGUGCGACCUUUGACCUGUCACCAAUGUUCUGCAACUUCUGGCGAGUGCAAACUCAAACCAGUGAUUUGUCAAUCAGGGACAAGUACCUGCCGGACCACCUCAAUCAUCACAAUCUUGGAUGGACAGUCCACCCAGGUGAUUAGAAAUUCCUGUGGAUCAUGCUCGGAUCCUCUCUCUAUCAACACUGGAGCUGUGAUCCUCUCAGAGAAAAGCAGUUGCUGUGACUCUGAUCUCUGUAAUGAUCGGAUAGUUGUGGGUAAGGCAAAAAUGCAUCGUAAUCCAAUCCAGAUCCGAUAG